CAAUGCUCUAGCAUAAUCUCAGUCUAAUCUCCAGAAUUCUGAGAUUUCAAAUUGAAAAUCAUUUGUCCGUUAUCUGCUUCACGAAAACAUUUGGUUCUGGAGGCCGUUCUCAUAACUGGAAGGUAAUAUGAUAAAGCCUUCGCCAGUGUGCUGUUUGUGGAGAUAGGUACGUUAUAGUCUACUUUUAGAUUACGAUUUCGCUGGGUUAUUGAAACCCAGCAACGUUUCUCACCUUUUCGAUAAUCUUACGAAAUGCACUUCUAAAAGUGUUCAAUUUUGCGGUAUUGUAGGAGACGUCGUACUGUCCAUAACAUGACUGGUGCUCAAUUUUUUUUUCUCGAUAAAACCACGGGAUUUCGAGGAGGGUUAUGACAGAGGCGUUGGUUCGUAAGUGAUAGUUUAUUUUGUCGAAUAAUGUUGCGUGGCAUGGCUAUCCUGUUGCUUUUCCCCUUUAAUGUGAUCAACGUAAUCCAUUAAAGAUCACUGAUGCAUUAACCGCUACUGGAUUCCAAUUCGAGCAUGCCAAAGCAAAUAAAGCUUGCCUGUCUCGUUUGAUAAAAUUGCUACACUGAUACUAGCGAUGGCAAAACAUUUAUCCGAUGGAGCAAGUGAGGACCUUGAUAAGGUUUCUGAUGAUGAGCUGUUGAGGUGGACCAAGGAAGAAUUGAUCAUAAGCCUAAGGAAAGUCGACAGUGAGAAAAUGAACUUGAUGAUUGAGCAUGGGAACAUGAUGAAGGACGUCAAUCAGAGGCUGCAGGUACACCUUCACGAGAUACGAAAUCUGAAAGAAAUCAACCAAAAAUUGCAGGAUGACAACCAGGAGCUCAGGGAGCUCUGUUGCUUCCUGGACGACGACAGGCAAAAAGGCAAGAAAACGUCACGGGAGUGGCAGCGGUUUGGGAGAUACACGGCGAGCGCUCUGUGGAAAGAGGUGGGUACGUACCAGCAAAAGCUGAAGGAGCUAGAGACCAACCAAGAAACUGUGAUGCGCGAGAACGCGGACUUGAAAGAGAUCAUCUUCAUGCUAGAUGACGAGAGAAACGGAGCUGGUUCUAGAAGUUCCAUUGACAGCCAGUCCAGUCUAUCUAAUUUGAAUGGGUGCUCUGGUACUAUGCGAGAUGUUGGGGAUGGGAGCAGUACAUCUAGUGGAGGAAGUGCUGGUAGCCCUGAUCACCAUAACCACAUAAGCAAAACAGUGGAGCCAAAGAUUGGUACAAUGAGGAGGUCAAUGGAUGAUCUUUCUACUCCCCAUCAUUACAGAAGUACUCCAAAUGGACUGAAUGAUGCUUCUUCAAACUACAUACGCCAGCUGGAGACCAAGGUACGGAUUCUUGAGAACAACAACAGCAAACUUCUGUCACAGCCCUGUAGCCGUUACAGCUUAUCUAAGAUACCAUUGAAGUGCAACCCUGGGGACCUGCGCUCCUUGCGGAAGGGCAUGACUCUCUACCACUCAGAGUCCCAGCUGUCAUCCCUACCCCAACGCCAUGAAGCCCUGCUCAAUAGGACAGGGCGGCUACAGACAAGCGAGUCCUCACCGUCCACAGGGUUCAUCUCCUCCAUGCAGAAACCUGAAGCAGUAGUUCAUGCCAUGAAGGUCUUGGAGGUUCACGAAAACCUGGACAAGCAACUUCCAGAUGACUAUGAGGAGGACCUAAGUGAGAAAGAGAAGGCCAUUGUGCGAGAAAUGUGCAAUGUGGUGUGGCGUAAGCUGGGAGAUGCAGCUGGAUCAAAGCCGUCCAUCCGACAGCAUCUCUCCGGAAAUCAGUUCAAAGGCCCUCUGUAGCAGUGGUGGCCCUGUGGCAGCUUAGAACAAAGACCCAGUUCACCUCUCAGUACUCCUUAGUAGCCCCUGACAUUCCUUCACACCUAACCACAGAACAGCCCAAUAGUCAUCUCGGCUCCACUUGAUACCACUUCCAACCAGUGCUUUGGUCAUGGAGUUCCUUCAGAGUCCCCAGUCAGUUGUUCUGCACCAGCAGGUCCACUGUUUUUUGUUUGUUUGUUUGUUUGUUUGGGGGGGUUUUUGUUGCCAAAUCAUUGUUCCUGGUUUAAGCAUGGGCAAAAACCCUUUUGUGAUUUGGUGCUGCUGAGCCCUUUGCUCUAUUUAAAGGGGAAGUUAACCCAAAAUCACCUCUGAUCACCGUUAAUUGUGUUUUGGAUAUUUUCUAGAAGUCUCAAAAGUUUUUGUAUCAAUAUAUGUACAUUUCCUGCUUUUUAUUUCCACAAGUUACCAUUAGCUCAACUAAAUUACAAUCAAAGCCAUUUAUAAAUGUACUCCAAUUGAUUUGUCAGUAUUAAUUUGCUUGAAGUAUAUGUCUUAAGAAAACUAAAAUAUAUUUUUAAUCAUGAGGUCAACAUAUUCCCCGAGUCAGUUCAUUCUUUUCUUUGGUUCGUAUUUUUGGAUUCCUGGACAAACCGCUCGUUUUUGUUUAUAAACAGGAGACAUCAGUGUAAAACUCACUGGCAGUGUUUGUUUUAGUUACUGUUUGUUUGUUCAUUCUGCGAUCUGUAUCAUGAUUUGCACUGCUUUUGUUCAAAUUUUCUAUUUUUACUUUUUCACAUUAAGCUAAUUGGGGCCACAAGUAAUACACCACCAUGAAUGUGGCUCAAACUGAUAUUGGCCACACCACACUAUCUUCAAAACAACCCACAUCAGAGACUACCUCAGUCCAGGAAGACAUCCCCACUCAGCAGAUGAAUACAGUCAUUCACUGAAGCACAAAAGUAGAAGAAGCAAAACUAAACCUUUACAUCUACAAAAGUUGAUUCUUGGUGAAGGUUUAUGAAGAACAGUUCUGUCCCUGUCAGACAAGGCUUGUGUUUACAAUGUGUGUGAUGCCAUUGGAGUUAAGUGGGGAUGGGGAACUAAGUAAUUGAUAUAAAAACUGUAUGAGGAGCCUAGAAAUAAUUUAGUAAGUACUUAGAAGGGGUCAAGGGUAAAUUAAGGUGAACACCUGAUUUAAUGAUACACACUGCCCAUGGGUUAAAUCACAUAAGUGUUACCUACUGUGAAAUAUUGCCCCAAGUCUUUGUGCAUAAGUAUUGUACUUUGUAGAAACUUUUGAUCAUGUGUAAAAUAAUGUACAAAAGCGUAGUCAUGUUGUUAUUACUUAUUUCAUAAGUGUUGCUUUCAUCUUUUUAGUGGCCAAGUGUAUUUGUUUUUGUUAAAUAAAGACACUACUAAAGAAUGACAGGAUUUUUAUAACGAUACUUCUAUGUUUACAUUUUCCCUUGUUUGCAGGAGAUGGGUACAACCAACCAUAGUUCAAACUGGGUGAAACUGCAAUUUGGUUUCACUCAUGUAGGUGUCUCGCUGUCUUUUUAACAUGUUGUCAAAUUUUAACAUAGCCGGCAAAAUACAAGCCGGCAAAAGAUCAAAAACGCACUCUAUCCAAGAAUAUAGCAGUACACUUCAUUUUCCAAAACCAGCCAUGUCACAAUUUACAAUAGUGUGCUGUGCAUGGUUGACAAUCAUGUUCCCUGAAUCUUUAGAACAGACAGUUGCAGAAUCAUGCAGGAACUUUAGAACUUUUUAUUUAAUAGCUAUAAUGCAGUUAUGUCUAUCAGAUUAUUACCCAACGUUGUAGCUCUGUUUAGCAUAGCUGAACAAAGUCUUCAGCUCCCUGCUAACUUGUUACCAAGCUAAAUAAUUACUUAUUUGUUUAAUAUUACAAUAAUUAAAUGUCUCUUUUUUAGAACUGUUCUACAUGUUUAUAAGCUUUUCUGAAGUACUGGAUUUAGCAUAUUAUUUUCAGACAUUCUGAUGCAUGUUAAUGAGUGUCUUUGUGUAGGAUUGUGAACUUUCCUUUAGGGAUCUCAGAUCAAAAAAUACAAGGUCUGUAUUAGGGACAUUUACAGGCAUAUUAUGGGCUAAAUGCGAAAUGCUUUUUCAGGCAGAGAUAUAUUAAUUAAUGUUAUUCCGCAUGAGACAAUCAGAAGUGUUUCUUCUUAAGGGAAGGUUCUGGUGAUUGAUUAGUUCAUCCAGUGAUAGAAGAGCUUGUUCAAGUUCUCACUUUUCCAAAUUAGGACAUGCUGUCCCAUUUUUUGCUUAAGGUGGAAAAGUGAACAAAGGAUCAUUAAAAUGUGCUUUUUUGAAAUUGAUUUUAAAAAUCCAUUUCUGAUCUGCUGCCUUUUUUGAACAUGGGUUGUGAUUUGAACCCUAUGGACAUUUAGCUUGUGGUAUUCUCCAGAUACAUGUGUAAAACACUAAACUUUAAAUCAGGAGUAUUAUUGGUAAGUGUUUUCUUUAUUAGCAGAAUAAUUCCAGAAGGCAGACCUUUGCUACAAAUUGGGCUAUUAUUUUUAGUGUAAAAUUUUAUUAAGGUUGUUGUACAAAAUGGAGUAGCAGACCACUUUUACAUGAUUUUGUCAAUAAACCACUUGUUACUUUCAGUCGUUUUCUGUGCUUUCUGCAAAAACAUCCUGAAAUGAGGUGCAGGUAAACCUGACUUCCCUAUCUUACUAUACAAGUAUCAAGAUGUUACCAUAUAUUUAACAAGAACCAUGUUUUAGGAAUCCAUUCUUGCAUUGUUUCAUUCGUGGGAUAUAUAAGCCAAAAUGAAAAAUAGGCUGUGUGCACCCCCACCUUGGUGACUUUGAAAAGAUUACAGCUUGCAAGAGCAGUCCAGUUGAGCACUCCUAAUAUAGCUAAUUUUACCAAUCACACCAACACAUCCAUUUGUUGUUCAUGUCAGUCAUGUUUGGUCAAAGUAUAUGGGGCAGCUUGAGAUGUCAAACCAUUGUUCUUCUGUUAGUGUUCUAGUUACAUAUUUACAUUGACUAAGCAAAACAGCAGCUUCAAAAGCUAGAAGUAGACAGGUUUCAGGUUGACUGAGAAGUUUGUUUGGGGAGGGCAGGGACUUCCACAAGAGUGAUUUGAGGCACUUUCAUUUGCAAUACCCUACAAUACACUAUACAUACUAGCUAGACUGAAGAUAUAAAAUGCUACGCAGAAGGAAGCCAGUUAGACUUCGUGCAUGUAUUGGAAGAUUGCCCGAAUGAAAGGUAAAAAGGUCAUUGUGCAUAUCCAUUUGGCCUAAAUCUUCCUUUAAUUGCCCCAAACAUGCACAAAAUAAACAACAACAAAUAGUUUGAUGAAAGCAGAACAGGGAAAAGACUUUUAUUACCCCAAGAGCCAAAGAAAUAAAAACAAACUGGUGGGUACAGGUGUGAUGUAGGCACAUCAGAUUCUAGCCUAAGGCACAUCUGGAAAAGCUAAAAUGAAGAUGUCUCCAUAGUCAUAAAAAAGUAUUUACAAAAUAUUCUCCUUUAUGCAUUUUAACUGGUGGAUUAAUGGCUGAAUCCAUUUGAUGAAGGGUGGUCAUUUAACCAUAGCUCAUGUAAAUAAAUAAGAAAUGCUUUCAACAUAUUUGGAUGAAAAAGACCACUAUGAGCGUGUAUUGGCAUCAUUUGUAUAAGUAACAAAAUAUUUAUGCAUUCUGUUGUACAACAGUAUAAAUGAACACCAAGAAGAACUACAAGCUAGUUUAGACAAAAGGUGACUGAGGGUAACCCUGCACGAUUUGUACAACCUGGAAUUCGUAUUUUCAAAAGGCCCAAGCCAUUUCCAUCCCAGACAUGUAUGGUAUGCAUAUACAGUUCUGAACAAGGAACAUUCCCUUCAAAGAAAUAAUUAUAAUCUUCUGGCUCCAGAGAAAAUACCUCUUCAGGAGUAUUCCGGCCAAGGACAUGUCUGAUAUUCACAGAUUUUUAAUCGACACAUUAGGAGACACAUUAUGAGUCUGAAUUCCAUUCCACCAACUGUACUGGUUUUACUUAGAGGAAAGACCAGUUUCUGGAAGUACACAUCCUGCACUGGUGGAUUACUUGAGCCUGGAUGCUCUUUUAAUGCUGAUCCAAAAUAAUUUUGUCUUUUACAUUUAGGAUGGUCAAUGUCAAAUUGAAGUGGAAAAGGGAUUUCUUUUCAAAGAUGUAUAUUUUUUAUUUGUAUCCUUAUAACAGAAUACAGGUAAUAGUUAUAUAGUUAAUCAAAAGUCUGAUGGUGCAUUGCAUGACUACAUAACAG